CCUUUUCCACGUCACCACUCUCACUCGCUUUCUUCUAGUCAAAAAACCAAAAAGACUGAAACACCCUUUCUAUUUUCAUCUAUAUAUAUCUUAUACCAUUCCCUCAUUCUUCUCAUCAUUAUCCAUUUUCUUCAAUCUCCAAUUCUUGCUAAUAAUUAUUACUUAAACAAAGAUUUGAAGCAAAGUUUUUGAUCUAGAAGAAAACAUGUUGGGAAUUUUUAAGGAAAAGUUGGUUAAUGCACCAAAGGAGCUUAACAGUCCAGCUUCUAAUUCACACACUAAGGCUAAACCAAGUCAUGAGAUCCUUAGAGAUUUCAUGUCAUGUAAUUCCUCUAAUGCAUUCUACAUGACUUUUGGAAAUGAUGCUUUAUUAGCCUAUUCCCCUUCAAACAAACCCUCCAUUCAUCAAAGGUUGUUUAGUGGUUUGGACAACAUAUACUGUGCUUUCAUGGGUAACCUGCAUAAUCUUAGUCAAUUGAACAAGCAGUAUGGACUAUCAAAGGGAGGCAAUGAGGCUAUGUUUAUUAUUGAAGCGUAUCGGACACUUCGUGACAGGGGUCCAUACCCUGCUGAUCAAGUCCUCAAAGGACUUGAAGGCAGUUUUGCAUUUGUGAUCUAUGACCAUAAGGACGGAACUGUUUUUGCUGCAUCUGGUUCUGAUGGCCAUAUUGGCCUCUAUUGGGGUAUUGCUGCUGAUGGUUCUGUGGUUAUUUCUGAAAAUUUGGAGCUUGUAAAAGCUAGCUGUGCUAAAUCAUUUGCACCAUUUCCAACUGGGUGUCUGUUUCAUAGUGAGCAUGGUCUGUUGAACUUUGAACAUCCAACCAAGAAGAUGAAAGCAAUGCCUAGGAUUGACAGUGAGGGUGUUAUGUGUGGGGCCAAUUUCAAUGUUGAUUCUCAGUCAAGGAAUCAAAUGAUGCCACGUGUCGGAAGUGAAGCUAACUGGGCUACUUGGGGAAGCUAGACUAAUUUUAUCAUCAUAAUAAUAAUCUAAGUUUCUUUUGUAUUUUGUUUGCCAAGAGCAACUUAUUAGCCCUUUUGGGAUAUUUAGUUUUUGUCGUUUGGUUUCGUUGUUGUGUAUAUAUUUGUUCUUCAAUGUUGAGCAUGACUGGUGAUUUCCAAUAUGAAUAACACGGAGUUUUAGUUUUUCCUAAGUCAA